UGACAUCAUCCUGCAAUAUCAUCAAUGCGGUUGAAGUUUCAGAGGAGAGUUUGAAAAUUUAAAAUGGUCGUUUACGGCAGCUAAUCAAAGCAGACAUCGCAUCUUAUAUCUGUGAGAUGUGACAGCAAGUCAGGAGAAGGACAGUUUCUAACAACCCUACUCUACUCAGAACAGUAUCAGAAAUCACAAAACAGCCCUGCUAUGGAGGUAUGGAUUCCUGUUACAACAGCCUAGGAAGAGCUCAGAGAUGCAUGCCAACUUUUGAAAAUGCAGCCUUCAAUCGCUCUGUCAAGGUGACCAAUGUCUGUGGCUUGCCACAAGAGAUUUUUUGCCCACAGACAGCAGUGAUGAGAAUGACAGAUCAGUGCCACCGGUGUGAUGCCAAAGAUCCUAUUCUUCACCACAAUGCCACCUAUCUGACUGAUUUUCACAGCGAUGAGGAGCCCACGUGGUGGCAGAGUCAGUCCAUGGCAUAUGGCGUCCAGUAUCCCACAUCUGUUAAUCUAACUCUACACCUGGGAAAAUCCUAUGAAAUCACUUAUGUGCGACUUAUGUAUUAUACUAGUAGACCUGAGAGUUUUGCGAUUUACAAGAGGAUGCAUGUGAAUGGCCCAUGGAUUCCGUAUCAAUAUUAUAGUGCCUCAUGUCACAAAACCUAUGGAAAAGAAAAAGUAGGAUAUCUUCGCCAAGGAGACAAUGAACAGGUGGCCUUCUGUACAGAUGAGUUCAGUGAUAUUUCACCCCUAACAGGUGGUAAUGUGGCCUUCUCCACGUUAGAAGGAAGACCCAGUGCUUAUAACUUUGAUGAAAGCUUAUUCCUUCAGGAGUGGGUCACUGCCACAGAUAUCAUGAUUUCCUUGACAAGGCUAAAUACAUUUGGAGAUGACAUUUUUAAGGAUCCAAAGGUGCUGAGUUCCUAUUUCUAUGCCAUUUCUGACUUUAGUGUUGGGGGAAGAUGUAAAUGCAAUGGCCAUGCCAGUGAAUGUGUGUACAAUGAGAAAGAACAGCUCGUAUGUAAAUGUCAGCACAAUACAAGUGGUACAGACUGCGACAAAUGUUUGACAUUUUACCAUGACCGACCAUGGGCUAGAGCCACUGCAGAGUACGCAUAUGAAUGUUUACCUUGUAAUUGCAGUGGCAGAGCAGAAAACUGUUUCUUUGAUGCAGAGCUGUACCGCAGUACAGGCCAUGGUGGCCACUGCAUCAACUGCCGUGAUAACACAGCUGGACCACACUGUGAACAGUGCCAGCAGCAUUUUUAUCAAAGUGAUCCACAGGAUAUUUGCUAUCCAUGCAACUGUAACAGCACAGGUUCACUGACUUUACAAUGUAAUAAUUUGGGUAUGUGCAGCUGCAAACAACAUGUCACUGGAGAGAAAUGUGAUCAAUGUCAGCUGGGAUAUCACUCUCUUACUGAAGGUGGAUGCAGGCCCUGUGAAUGUAACACUGCUGGCAGCACUGGAAUUUGUAAUCCAGAUAAUGGAAGAUGCCCCUGCAAGGAAAAUGUGGAAGGAUACACAUGUGACAUGUGUAAGCCCGGAACCUUUAAUCUUCAGCCAUACAAUCCCUCAGGUUGCACCAACUGCUUCUGCUAUGGACAUUCAUCUGCAUGUAGAGCUGCUGUGAACUACACUGCAUAUGAGAUUGAAUCAAACUUCACCCAUGGUACAGAUGGCUGGAGAGAGCAGUAUAAAAAUGGCAGUGAAUACCACCCCGUCUGGACCACAGGUCAAAUAUCACUUCAAGAUGAUAGUGAAGGAUGGAGUUACUUCAUAGCACCAGACAAGUUUUUGGGAAAUCAGCUCUUCAGCUAUGGACAACUCCUGUCUCUCAGUUUUCAAAUCGAUGUUGAAAAUCUCUUUACGAUACCAUUCCAAUUAAUUCUAGAAGGACCUGGUCUAAGUUUAUCGGCAUCUCUACCUCUGAGUUUCCAGGAUAUACCAGUGUAUCAUGAGCAGAAUUUCACCUUUAGGUUAUAUGAAUCAGAGGCUGGAAUCCAAACUUCUGUACCGUCUUUUGAAUUUCAUCGAAUGCUGUCCAACCUCAGUGCACUGAAAAUUGGUAUCCCCACAAGCCCACACUAUACAAUAUAUCUAAAGAAGGUCAUCCUAGAUUCUGCACGCCUUGGGCAUUUAUCGCCAGCUGUCUGGGUGGAAGAUUGCAUUUGUCCAGAGGGUUAUAUUGGUCAGUUCUGUGAACACUGUGCCCCUGGAUAUAAGAAGAAUGUUCCCUGUAGUGGCACCUUUGCUCAGUGCAUACCUUGUACAUGCAACCAGCAUGGAACAUGUGAUCCAGAAACAGGUGUUUGUUUCUGUUUACAUAACACAGUGGGUCCAUCUUGUGAGCGCUGUCAGGAAGGCUUCUUUGGUAACCCAUUUAUAGGCCAGAUAGAUGACUGUAAGCCCUGUCCCUGUCCGGGACAGACUGCUUGUGCAGUGAUCCCCAGCAGUGAUGAAGUCGUUUGCACAAACUGUCCACAGGGCCAUGCAGGGAGAAAGUGUGAGCUCUGUGAUAAUGGGUUUUAUGGUGAUCCCCUUGGGCUACAUGGAGAAGCCAGGCCAUGCGUAGCCUGUCACUGUAAUGGCAAUGUGGAACUGAACGCUAUCCAAAUCUGUCAUCAUCUGAGUGGGCAGUGUCAAGGAUGCUUGUACAACACUACAGGUGACCAAUGUGAAAGAUGCAGAGAGGGCUUUUAUGGAAAUGCUUUGACACAAAAUUCCAUUAAGUGUAUCUCAUGUGACUGCAGUCCAUAUGGUGUAGUCAAAGGGCAAAAUGCAUGUGACCCAUUUACUGGUCAGUGUGUAUGCCUUCCUCAUGUAGCUGGACAACACUGCAGUCACUGUGAACUUGGAUUUUUCAACCUGAAUCCAGAUGUUGGAUGUGAAAGAUGCAACUGUCAUCCAAUUGGUUCUCAAACUAACCACUGUGAUCCAGUCACUGGCCAGUGUAUCUGCCUUCCAGGAGUGCAGGGCUUAUCAUGUGAUCAGUGUAAAACUGGCUUCUUCAGCUUUUCACCUAAAGGAUGCAGAAACUGUAACUGCUCUCCUCUGGGCUCAGAGACCUUACAGUGUUGGGAAAAUGGUACAUGCAUUUGCAGAAGAGGUUUUAUUGGAUACAAGUGUGACCAAUGUGAAGUCAACCAUUUCUUCAAUGCUAUAUCAUCAUCCUGUACUGAGUGUCCACUGUGCUACAGCCUAGUCCUUGACGAGGCAAAAAAACUGAAAGAGAAGCUUCAAAAGUUGGAAGAAUUUCUGAAAGAGCCAGACUGCAAUACUUACAGCAGGGCCUGGUACUACCCAGUACAACAGGAAGAGUCAUCUGGAGAGUGGAGCUCUGAACCGUACUUAAUGAAAGACACAAAGGAGUUCCUCAUAACACAGACAUCUGGCUUAGAAAGAGCAUUGCAAACUGUGCUGGAAACAUUAGAGAACAUGAGAGACAGUGAAGAUUGCAGCACUCAAGAGGGCAAGAAAUUUUGUUUCCUAACAUCUGCUGUGAGCUCAUCCCUUAACAAGACUCAAACAAAGCUGCAGAUUGUUCAGACCAUGCUACAGAAAAUGGUCAUUCCUGCUGAAGUCACCUACACCCCCAAACAGUGGCACAUUUGGGUUAAUGAGUCUCAUAUCUUGGCUGAAAGUCUUGAAGAGAUGGUUUCAAAGAUUAAAGCCACUGCUGAAGAUGCUGUCAAAAUGUCAAACAUAACAUACAUGCUACUUUCAAAUCUUCUUGAGGACAACAGUACAGAAGACUUUAUUGAUGAACUGGAAGAUAAGCUGUUAGCAUUUCAUUCUUUUAAAGAUGCACUUAGUAAUGAUGUUGGUCAUGCUCUUCAGGAAGCCAAUGACACCUACGCAUCCAUUCAGCAAUUCCGUUAUGAUUCUGUGGAAGUUUUAAAUGUGACAAAUUCUUCUGCAAAGGAACUACUGUCUGCUGAUCUUUAUGCCAACACAAAGGAGCUGGAGAAUGUACUGCAAGAAAAAGACAGUCUACUGAAUGAAAUGGUCAAUCAAAUGCAGCCCUCCCUGGAUUCAGUCAUAUUGGAGCUAGAAAGAAAGCAAAUAUUUGAUGAGCUUGCAGUAUGGGCCAGUGAAUCUCACACCUCAGCAGUUUCUUCAGUUAUAGCAGGAAAGAAAACCGUUAAUGAAGUAGACCUUCUGCUGAAAGACUUGACAGGUCUAAAGAAAGACCUUGUUCAGAGAAAAACGCACACCAAUGCAGCUUUCAAGAAGAUACCAAUGAUAGGAAAUAAAACAAUCCCAGAUGUUGUGAAAAAAUCUCAACAAGUAAAAAAUAUGAUUGGUGAUGCAAUGGAGAAAUCUGCUUUAGGGAACAAGACAACUAAUGAAGCAAAGGCAGUGACUGGUGAAACAUUAAAGAGAUCAAAGACAUUUCUGGCAGUGGCUGAGAAUGAAGAGAAGAGGGCCAGGGAUGUAAAAAACAAUGUGAACUUCAUCAGUGGUGAAGUCAAUGCUAUUGAACAAGAGUACCAGGAUUUAAAGAAAGAGAUAAUGGCGUUCCAAGAGGUGACAGCAGACAUGAGUACAGCCAGUAAUGCAGUAAGGAGUAUGAAGAGCUCCUUGAAGAAUGACAUUGCAAAACUCACCAAGCUGCUACACAAAAUAGAAAACCUUCAGCUAGAUAAAACCAUAAAUGAUCAGUUAAAUGAAAGCCAAGCUCAUCUGGAAACCCUGCGCCACCACCUUGAAAACAAAGGACUAGAAGGAAAACUGAAAAAUCUCCAGGAUGCAGCUGAACAACAGAAGGAGAAAAUGCAAGAGUUUGAAAAGGAGAUUGAAGAGCUGGUGGCAGAGAAAAUUAGUCUGGAAGGAAUCCUCUUGGACUUACCUGAAAAUUGCCCAGAGCCAUCUGGAGGCAAAAGGCAGCACAAAAUAAAGCACACUUGAUAGGAGCUGUUGUACACUUUGUAGUGAAAACAAAAUAAGACAGAAACAGCAAAAGCUAGGAUUCCCUUUAAACUCUGAAAAUGUUUCAGGAGUCAUAAAUGUUACUGAACACAAAAUUGCAGAGUUCUGCAUAUGUUUACAUUUUUGACAGUAUACAUGUUUAUAGUUAUGUUGUAUUUCGGUUUUCUUCGUUGCCAUAUUUCCAUGUUAUACUUACAUGCACUGUUGUUCUUUGAGUUAUUUUACUGCGAUUAGCAUGAGUGAUUAAAUGCUAUCAAUUUUUUUAGCAACUUCUGUAAUACAUUUGAAAUUGUCCUUCAGUUUGUUUUGCAUUUGAUUUUGAAAUUGUCCAUUGUAAAUUUUAAAUCCUAUACAUGCAUGAUUGGGUUAUUCAUCACUUUCACUGUUCAAUUUCUUUUUGUUGCAAAUUGCCUGAUUAAACACUAAUAAAUGUGAACCCGAACUUGAAGUUGUAUCCAUUAAAUCUGCUAAAUAAAUUUA